GCCGAUGCUGGCUGCUAGUGGCGGCCUGCAGACUUUGACGCCCCGCCCACUUUCCGUGACGUCAGCUGGAGCGCUUUAAACUGCUGCUAGGCCGGUGCGGGCUUCUUCCUGUUGUGCCGGUUACCGGGAGAUGAAACGGUGCAGUGAUCCAGAGGUGCCAAAAGAAAUGGAUGUGGACCAAGACCCCCGUUCCUGUGGCCGAGAUCCUCUGUCUAAAUGCCUCCAAGCCAGGAAGGAGUUGGAAAGUGCUAUUCAGACACUGUUAAAGGCAGAGCAGCAGGUUAAAGACAACGGCAGAGAGGUGAAGGCCCAGAUCCAGUCUUGUAUUAGUCGCCACCUUGAGUGUCUGCGCAGCCGCGAGAUCUGGCUUUUGGAACAAGCGGAUCUUAUACAGCAGCUGAAAGAAGAGGCUCUGCAGCAGCAAGCGCAGCAACUUUACUGGAUGUUGGGACAGUUCAACUGCCUGAUUCACCAACUGGAAACCCCUCACAGUAAUGAUCUUGCCAAUCAAAUUACGGUUUGCCUGGAGAGACUGGGCAGCCUUGACCUGAAACCUGAGGAAUCUUCUGCCAUCCACUUUGAAGCUGAUUUCUCUCUCAGAAAAGCUAUUACUACAUUUGGAGCCAUUAAAACCACGAAGUGCGAUGAGAGUCCAGAAAUUGUAAGCCCUGCGCCCUGCAGUUUUGUCUCCCAGAAUCCCUGGCUUCUCAACCAUUGCUAUGUUGCUGAAAUUGAGCAGCAGAAGCCCCUCUCUAUGUUUCUGAACACCCCUCUGUCCGGCUGGCUCCUAGAAGGCAAAGUGAGCAACGUUGCUCAGUGUCCUGCUCUGCACGUUCCCAGCUCUUCUCCUCAAGACUGGCUGUUAAAGACCCAACUCAUGGAGCCCACUGUGAGUUCAGAUGCCCCUGUUCUUCCCACAUUUAACAUGGAGCAAGUCUGGGGGAAGUUGGGGGAAUUGCACAACUGGCUGCUACAGUCACAGAGCAAGGAGGAAUCCCCUGAGAAGACCGGAGUCCGCACUCGGGACAACUCGCUCUCAAGCUCCUCUUUCUCCUUUGAAAAGGUUGACGACUAUGAUUUUGAUCUCCCCAAUGAUGAAGAGAUGGAUCUAUCAGAUUGGUUAAUCUCCCCUGCACAAACUGAACAGUCUGAGGUGGUGGACAAGUGGAGGUUCGUAUUCCAGCCGUUUGUGGAGGACUACAGUAUUACUGAUUGGCUCCAUAAGGUGGAGUCCUGCGGUAAUUGUUGUGGCGGCAAAAUUGCUGCUCUAGAAAUCGAAAAUCUAGGGAACCUCAAGUGCCUCAAUGAACAGAUUGGAGGAAAGAAGACAUCAAGCCCUAGCAAUGAAAUGUGGCUCCUAAAGGAGUCUCAGCCCCAUUUUAAGAUGGAAGAGGUCUGUAAAGCGAAUGAGCCCUGCUCUACCUUCUCUGAAUGUGUCUGCGAUGAAAGCUGUGAAAAAGAGGCUCUCAGGAAGUGGCUUUUAAAGAAAGAAGGAAAAGAUAAGAACGGGAUCCCAUUAAAUCAUGAGCACACGCCUAAAGAUCAAGAGAGUGAAAAGGCCAAGCCAUCUAAUAGCACAUGGCUACAUCCCUGCAGAGCAAGCUUUGAAGACCAAAGCUGUACCAAGAAGAUGGAAGAAUGUGUACUCUCCCUUAGGCAUUUUAAAUAUUUGCUCGAAACCCCAUUGAACACAUGGGUUGUAAAGACCAGCACCACAGAGAGAAAGAUGGAAGAAGAAGAAGCAUCUGACAGUAAAUAUUCGAGUCCUCUGGUAGAAACUCCAUCUCCAUUCCAUUUGCCUCUGCACGCCAGCAGCUGGGUGUUGUCCUCCACGAAGACAGAUGGCGUGGAGAAGGCAGAACAACCUGCACUGGAGGAUAAGUGGCUUCUGCGUAAAAGAGCACAUGAAUUGUAUGGUCUUCCCAGUGUCUGUGACCUUUUUGCCUGUAUGAAACUAGCAGCUGACAAAGAGCAGUGGCUGCACCGCACGCCUCUACAGAUGUGAGGAUCCCUGCUGAACCACUGAUCAGACUUUACGCUAAUGGUGCGCACAGAGAAUCACAGAAAUGAUUGCGACUGUCCUGUCCUUCCAUUCUCUUAUCACAAGUGUUACGCUGCCAACCAUUGAUAUGUACUGAAAUAGAACUUCAGAGAUGAUUCUUAAACCUUUUACGUUAAAAUACUUGCAGUUUAUGUAAAUCCUUCACAUGAGAAGUGUGUGUCAAGGCCACCAAGCCUUGCGAGAAACCAUAAGUGAUCCCAGAACUUUACCUGCCUAAUCAGUAUCUCUAGACAGGCAACCCUCUGGGUCCAUUGCGUUCAGUGUCGCCCCCUGAUGGAGAGAUGCUUGGCUUGUCCUGCCUUACUGGCGCAGUGACCAUGCAGACUCUACCUUGUGUGGGGCGGGUGGAGUGCAGAAUAUAUUUCAGUCUGGGGGACCUAAUAAAUAGGGGAAUAUCUUUAUGGAGCUCUGCACUCUUUUGGGUGAAGUUGUGGUAGCAAAAUGCUCCGUUUUUAAUUUUCAGUUGGGUUUGUUUAAGCCACAUUUCUUUUACAUCCAGCGAUCGGAGCAGGAGAAAUGCUCUGCUCAUUCUCAUUUUAGCGUUUUGCACAGAAUGAUGGGACAAAGGCAAUUUCACUUAAUUCUGUCUUUAACUUUUAGCUAUUAUAUACAGUAUAUAAUACAGAGUAUUGCUUCCAAAAAAUCUCACUUUACAGAGUAACCUAUAUAUUUUUAUUGAUUUAUGUUUAGCUACCUUUGGAAGCAUUCCAUCACGUUUUACUUUAACCCUAUGUUGAGUUGGACCUGCAGCAUUGUUAGGUUUCACUAAGGACAUAUAAAGCGCGUAACCGCCGGGUUAUUUAGUUGGCAGUUUGGGCAUAUCUGGUGGGUACAUGGACAUCAGGUGCUUGUAGUUCAUCUGUUGGAGUGCCCUGAUCUGUUGUCUUCUGAGUGUGUGAUGAUUUUUAUUUUAUUUUUAUUAUUAUUAUUUGAAAUUUAUGUAUUCCUCCAUCCUAUUCUAUCAAAAAGUUUUCAAUGUAAACUUUUACCUUUUACCAUUUAAUGUUCCAUUAAAGAGUUACAGCAAUACAGA